AAGAACCCACAUACUAUAGAGAAAGAUGAGAAUGAUUUGAAGCUACCGCAAUUCUGUUGCUCUCCUUUUUUGCGGAGUUUUGGAGACUAAAAUGGAGACACCAACAUCGGCCCUUUUGCUUCUUGUACUCAUUUCCCUCUCAGGAGUCCUGUCACAGGAAAGCUUGGACGGCAAAGUGUUUGUCUUCCCCACCGUUUCGAGUGAUGCCUACAUUCUCCUUCAUCCUGCACGGAAGCAGCAGCUUCAGCAUUUCACCCUCUGCCUCCGUUUCUUCACUGACUUGACCCGUACUUUCGCCUUUGUCUCUGUGGCUUCUCAGCAACAUGACAAUGAGAUCCUCCUGCACAAAAAACCCAAUGAAUAUGAGCUCUGUGUGGGUGGCCAAUGCAUCGCCUUCCAUGCCCCUGGAAACAUGGACAGCACCACUAACCAUUGAGUAAAUAUCUGUACAACCUGGGAUUCAACAAUGGGGAUAGUUCAGCUUUGGCUUGAUGGUCAACCUUUACCUAGAAAAGGGAUUGCCAAAGGUCACAGGAUCCCAAGGGAUGUGGUGAUGAUGUUGGGGCAAGAUCAAGAUUCCUAUGGGGGUUCCCUCGAUGCU